UUGAUCACACCCAAGAAGGCUCAAAUCUGCACUUUGCAAUUUCCGAGUGCUUGUAUUUUCCUCAUUAUACAUACUCGAACAAUAUUUUUCUGGUACUUGGAUUUGUACUGAAGUGCUGGAGAAGAGGAUACAUGUCCGGAUUGAAAGCCACAUGCAGACAAGCUUUCCCCAAUUAAUUAAGAAGAUCCGGUUCCUGCCGGCCGAAAUGGUUCAUAUCUAUAAACCAUCACACUACAUGGGUAGUAAUCAUUCCAAAUUUGUAGAAGGCAAUACCAAAAAUAAUUUCAGCUCAUAGUGCAGAGAAUGGAGACUGAGCUACUCAUUAGAAAAGACCUGGGUGGUUCUCUCCCAGUUGAGAAUGUUCAAGCCCUGGCUUCAAACAACUUGAAGGACAUCCCGUGUCGAUAUCUCAGGCCUGAAGCUGAGAUUGAACAAAUUUCCAUUGAGGACUCGCUUCAAAUUCCAGUGGUUGAUAUGGACAAGCUAAUAGGGAAUCCAUUGUUCCAUGAUGAUGAAUUGGCAAAACUUCAUUUGGCUUGUAAGGAAUGGGGCUUCUUUCAGCUGAUCAAUCAUAGGGUAUCAGAAGAAGUGAUUGAGAAAAUGAAGAAUGACAAACAGGAGUUCUUCGGGCUGCCAUUAGAAGUAAAGAAGGCCUAUGCAACACAGCCGAAUCACAUCGAAGGCUAUGGCCAAGCCUUUGUUGUUUCGGAAGAGCAAAAACUUGACUGGGGAGACAUGCUCUUCCUUCUCUCUCAACCAGUCCGCCAAAGGACUCUCACAUUCUGGCCUACCCUUCCCACUUCUUUCAGGGAGACAUUGGACAAGUAUUCACAGGAGCUGCAACGAGUAACAAUCUACCUAUUGAAGUCCAUAUCUAGUAACCUAGGAGUCAAUUUAGAGAAAAUGGAAAGCAUGUUUGAUGAUGGAGUACAAGGAGUAAGAAUGAACUACUACCCACCCUGUCCACAGGCAAACAAAGUUAUCGGUCUCACUCCACACUCUGAUGCUGUGGGUUUGACUCUACUACUGCAAGUUAAUGAAGUUCAAGGAUUACAAAUCAGGAAAAAUGGAAAAUGGGUACCUGUGGAACCUGUAGUUGGUGCAUUCAUCGUCAACGUAGGGGACGUCAUCGAGAUAAUGAGUAAUGGAAUAUAUAAGAGCAUAGAGCACAGAGCAGUGGUGAACCCAGAGAAGGAACGCCUUUCAAUUGCGGCAUUCCACAGCCCAAAUAUUGGGACCAUGAUUGGUCCUUUACCGGAUCUGAUCAAGGAGAAUGCAGCAAACUACAAGACUAUGAGCAAUGAGGAGUAUAUUAAGCUUAUAGUGACCAGUAAACUUGAUGGUAAAACUCUGCUGGACCAAAUGAGAUUGAACCAACAACUUCAUUGAAUUCUUUUCAUUACAGAUAUACCAGAACCUUUCUGUAUAUUUUCUUCACUUGCCCAAGUAUUUAGUCCAACACAAAUGUGAAUGCCAAGUAUUUGUUGGUGCUUGAAAUGUUACCUUUAUAAUUUCAAGUGAAUCAAAGUGGCUGGCAUCUCCACUCCAUCAAUUA